AUGAGUGAGUUUCUUUCUUUAUUCUCUAUAUUUUUCUUUAAACUGCUUUUAUUUCUUUCCGCUUUAGCUUUUUUUUUCUUCUUUUUCCUCAUCAUCAACAACAUUUCCCCUCUUUCUUUAGUCACUUUAUCUCGACGCUGUAUGACAUUUCUUUUUUCUUUCAUCUUCUAUUUUAUUAUCGUCUGUUUCCAUGACUUCUCUUUUCCUCUUUCGUUCUCUUUUAUAGACAUUCUUUCAAUUCCCCCUUCAAAUCUUUUUUUUUUUUUUUUUGCUUUUUCGUAUUUCUUCAUCCAUUCUUCUUUCCCAGAAAUUCCUUUAAAUAAUUCCUAUUGCUCGCCAUCAUUUUUUUCAUAUUUUCUACCAUUUCUAUUAUCGUAUUUUUUUCUGUCUUUUUUUUCUUUUUAUUUAUUUCAUUUUUUCUUUCGAAUUCAUUCAUAUUGUAUUUAUCUUGGAUUUUUCUUCCCCCGUUCAAUAUUUUCUUCUAAAAUAAUUUCUUCAUCAUUUUCAUUAUUCCUUUCCUUCAUUCUGUUACCUUAUUUUCUAUUUUUCUUUCUCGAUUUCUUCAUUAUCUUUUUUCUUCUUUCUUUCUCUUCAUUUGCUUCUUUCUUUAUUCAUUACUUCUUUUAUUCUCUCUCCUUACCUUCUCUUUUUCUUUCUCGAUUUCUACAUUAUCUUUUUUCUUCUUUCCUUCUCUUCAUUUUCUUUAUUCAUUACUUCUUUUUUUCUCUCUCUCUCUCUUCAUCUUCUCUUUUUCUUUCUCGAUUUCCAUUCUUUCUCUUCCUUCUUUUCCGCUUUAUUUUCUGUUUUCCCCCUCUUUCUUUUUUUUAUCCUCUUUCCCCUCCCUCCUUGUCUUUCAUCGUGUGUUUCCAUCUUCUCUUCCUCUUAAUCAUUUUCCUCUUAGAAAACUUCACCCGUCAUCUCUCUUUUUUUUUCCCGCUUGUUCUUCAGCACCGAACGCCCAACUUGUUCUUGGUUCUUUCAAUUUUCUUCUUUUUCUUCUUUAUUUCUCUUUUCUUUUUCUCCUUCGCCUUUUUUCUUUCAUUCUUUCUAUAUUUAUUUUUCGUACAAUCUUUCUUCGCGUUGUCUUUUUAUAUUCUUCCUCAUAUUUUCGUUUAUUCACCCCCAUCUCUCUUCUUCUUCUUUCGUUGCCAUGGCAACUCUUUAAUUACUUUAUCUGUCUUCCUGGGAUUUCUUUCUAAUUUACAGACGAAAACUAGAGUAUUAGGAAAGACAGGCUCGGGGAAGAAUGGUCAGACGCUGUCAUGUCAGACAAUCCAACUUAUUUUUGCAGUUCCUCACCCGACCCCCUAA